AUGGCCGAUAAUGCGUCGCCGGCUAUGUCGUCUCCAAACCUUAUCCAAACGCCGCCGGACUCACCACAAGACGCCACAGAAAUGCAUACUUCGUCUUUUAAUGAUAAUGCGCUGCGUUUGCGACUAAAGACGCUUGAUGAGCGCGUAUUUAAUGUGGAGGCCGCGUCGUCCAUGUCGGUCGCAGACUUUCGGGCCAAAGUGGCGCUUGCCACAGCUAUUCCAGCAUCAAGACAACGGCUUAUUUAUCGUGGAAAGCUGAUGAAAGAUGGGGCAGUGCUGGCUACGUAUGAUCUUCAGGAUGGCCACACUGUGCAUCUAGUGGUUAAGUUGCCCGCUACGACUAACACAACGCACACUGACGCGCGGCCACGAGAAGUGAAUGGCCCGGCCUGGAAUUUGGCUAAUCUUCGCUCGGUUCUUCGAAGAACAGGGGAAUCAAUAACGACCUCUCAGCCGUUGCCGAUGCUUCGCGAACUUCUUGGCGACGUUGCCGAGACUCCACGAGCAACGGCUGUUAAUGUUGGACUUAGCAACUUAAAUGGUUCGCGACACUUGAAUGCUACGCCGGCUGAUACAUCACACGAGAUGAUUGAAGGCAUGGAAAACAGUAAUUUAACUGGCUUGAACAAUGAGAUUGUCACGUCUGUCGUUGAUUUGGAGCACAUGACACAGGGUAUACUAACCAUGCGAACAGUGUUGUCGACGGCGAUCAGCGAGCAGGAAAGAGAUAGUCAGCAGCAGGACGAGCGUAUUGAAGAGAAUGAACAGCAAACUGAGAGCCAGACUCAAAUACGACGAAGCUCGCGUCAAUUUUUUGUAGGCCAGUGGCUAGACGUCAAGGACACGGUUAACCAAUGGCUCGAAUCAACAGUAAUGGACAUUGCUGACGGCAAAAUUCUCAUUCAUUACCAUGGCUGGCCCACAAGGUGGGACGAAUGGAUUGACGUUGAUUCAGAUCGAAUUGCCGCCUUUCGCACGCGCACUCUUCACACGCACAAUGCGCAAAGAAUGUCGCCAGUUCCGACGACAAGAGUGCCCAGUGCGCCUCGAGUUGGUGACAAUGACGUGCGACAACUUGUUAUUAAUGUGCGAAACCUUAUGGGUGAAAUGAUGCCGCAUAUUAACCGAUUGGCGGUUUUGUGUGAAGAGGACUUGCAACGGGACCAGAUUCCGUCAGUGGAUUCUGUGCCAAGUGCGUCAACAACACUGGGAGCUCGAGAAAGCGAAGUGUCGGAAGUAGCUCAUCUAGUGGCUCCUCUCUUUGAUCGGUUUGGACGCUUGUUGAUAGAUUCUGCUAACCACCUUGAUCCUUUGCUGCGUCCAGAGCUUCAAGGCUCAUCACAGCGACAGCGCAUGCGCCACACAUUGACAUCGCGUCGUGGAAACGGAGAAAAUACGCAGCUUCAGGCAACGGCUGACACGAAUUCGGCAGAAGAUCAAGAUAACGCGCUUUUAUUUCGUGACUUGAUUGCCACUUCACCAAACGUAGCGCGCGAAUCGUCUCAGUCAAGACGAAGCAUUGAUGUGCAUAUUCACGCCAUUGUUGCUCCGGCCUCGCUGUCAGCAUUUGCUUCGCUGGCUCAAGGUAACAAUGUUGCGAGCAAUAGUGGUGGAGGGCCACGCCGACGUGUGCAAUCACCAUCCACCCCUCCAAUCGGACGCUCGUUUGCUACGCUAGACGACAUUCAGACAAUCGAAGACGAAAGUGAUCAAAGUCGUGUCCCUUUGCUGGAUGCCUAUCGACGUCGCAGUCAUUCUGAAUCAAGUCAGCAACGAGCAGUGGCUCGGGAUCUUGACAACUUUCUGUCAAAUGACUUUAUUGGAUCGUCUUUUGGUCACGACAACGACGAACACGACAGUGACGAUGAGUCAAAUCAUUCUUUUGCGAUGGAAGCAGGUCAAUUGGCGUAUCGUUCACUUUCGUCGUCAAGUCAUAUUGUGUCUCCGCGCACCCCACAAUCGGGAAACAGUCCACGAAUAUCAAGUAAUUUUAUUGGCGUGAUUCCAGAGGUUGCUGCGGCUGAAGAAAGACUGAGAGAAGCUGAAGAAGCCACCGCAUACAGUAGCAAUAACGACAAUGGAAGCGCUAAUGGACGAACGUCGUCAACUGUUGCGGAGCCAUCGACUUCGAGUCCAACCGCUUUCCCAUCUUUUCUGGAAGUUUUGCGGCGAACUUUGAGUGGUGUGCGAAGCUUCGUCCAUAGUGACGAAAGUAGCAGUUCCUUUGACCAUAUGAACGACGGGGUCCAAGUGGGACCGAGUCAUUCGUUGACAUCUGAACUGGACUCUUCCGUGUCAGUUCCUAAUUCGUCUUUUUUGUCCACUCCGCCAUUGUCCCCACUUGUCCAAUCCUCGACUGAAAAUCUUUUGACUAGUCCAAGUGAUAGCAGCAUUGACGAGGAGCUCGAUUUGGACGAAGUGGACUGA